AUGCAGGAAUAAGCAUGUAGAAAAACUUAUCUCACUUAUAGAGGUGGGGGUGGGUUUGAAUAUGCAAAAACUUGUCCAACAAAUAUAUUUGCAGAGGAUUUUACCUUGUAUUGCAUAGAUUGUCAUGCAAAUUAUGCUGCAUGUUCAAAGAUGUAUGCGCUUUAUCUGAAAAAAAACUUAGAAUAGAGAUGGAAUCAAGAUAAAGAUGAUAAAGCAUCAAGGGAAAUUGGAGAUUUGAACUUUUAAUAAUGUAAAGAAUAUACAAAGUAUAGGAGUUAUUAAGAUCAGUUCAUCUUACAAAUUAAAGCAAAUCACCAAAUAUGAUCCAAAAUUUUGAGGAAUAAUAUACCUCACAUUAAUAAUUAAGUUAGGCAGAAUUGUUUUCAAAUAUUUAAAGUUUAAUUUUUUAAGAUUAAAAAGAAUAGGAUUAAUAAAUCAAGUAAUGAUAACAAAAGACUUAGAAAAUUAAAAACAUAUUACAUAAAGAUUUGAAAAAUUUUAAUUUCAUAGUUAAUUAGACAUCGAAGAAUCAAUUAACAUUCUACAGGAUUAAUCAAGUAAUAAGAAUAUUUAAAUAUUAGAUUUCAACUAAAUCCAGGGCUUUACAACAAAUUUAUUAUUAGUUCUUCAUAAUAAAUUUAUUGUUAGUUGGAAUUAUUUAAUCAAACAAUUAAAUAAUUUUAAAAUAAUCUUCCGAAAAUUAAUUUUAUUAAAGACAAAAUAAAAAAAAUUCAAGAUAAUUAAAAUUUUGAUAACAUAUAAAACUAAUUUCAUGCUUAUAGGAAUGAAUUCAAUAAGGAUUUUUAAAACUUUUAGAAAUUUUUGGAAUUAGAUGAACUAGAAAAUGAAUUAGAAACUUUGAAAGAUAAAUUAACAAAACUAGAUUAUGAAAGAUAAAUUAACAAAACUAGAUUAAAUUAAAUUAGAAUAAGUAAGAUAAAACAAAUUAGAGCUAGAAAAAGUAUUUAUAAUCAAUUAAUUAUAUCAUUUUUAGAUUCAAUUAUAUAACAAAUCAUUGUAAUUUUGAAAUACUUAUAAACAUGGUUAUUGUUAAAUAAGUGAAGGUGGAAAAGUAGUCGCAGAUGUUAGUAAUAGUUAUUGGUUUUAUUGCCUUUGCGAAUUAGCGAUUCCAAAGACUGGCAAAAUAUAGUUUGCAUUUUAAAUGAUCAGUGGAUCAGAAUUUCAAGUUGGAAUAAGAUUUAAAGAGAUUAUAUAAUAAUUGUUAUUAAACUGAUUAUGGGUAUAUAAUUACAUAUUAAUAGAACAUAUUUAGUAAAUUAUUAUGGCGAAACUUAUUCUCUCAUAGUAAAGAUCUAUAUGCGAAAGAAUUAUCAUUCAAAUUUAUAGCUAAUGACAUAAUAAUAGUUGAAGUAUGUAUUGAACAUAAAUACAUUAAAUGAAGUGGAUAGAAUAAUCCAUAAUUAACAUUUAUUGUAAAUAUAAUAUCUAUCAUUAGAUGUUGA